AUCUUAUAUAACUCAUUGAUCAUUAUUUUGUUUAUCUAUAUCUUCAUUUGGCGCUUAAUACAUAUAUAUAGCUGGUCAAUAAUUGCCAAGUCUUCAAAAUGUCUCUGAAACGUGUUCUGAUUGUAAAUAAAAUGUUUCCAUCGGCUGGAUUGGAAUUGUUAAAAAGGGAAUUAGAAACAGUUGUGUUACCUAUUAUGGAUUACGAAGCAGACAGCUUGCCUACAAUCAAAGCUAAAAUUAGCGCUGGAUUUGAUGGUCUAGUAUGGAAUACGAAGCAUCGCUUAACUGGCGAGAUAUUAGACUUAGCUGGACCUCGCCUCAAAGCUGUAACCACUAACGCAUCUGGUAUAGACCACAUUGAUACAGACGAACUGAAGAAGCGCAAUAUCCCUUUGGGAAAUACGCCGAAUGUUUUGGACAAUGCAGUUGCUGACAUCGCCGUCGGUCUCAUGAUUGGUGCCGCAAGGCGUUUCAAAGAAGGCAUUAAGGAAUUAGAAGCCGGCGAGUGGAAAAGUGGCGUGCAAUGGAGUCUUGGACAAGAUAUAGCCAACAGUACCGUUGGUAUUGUGGGUUUGGGAGGAAUUGGACAGGCCGUGGUCCGUAGACUAAAAGGCUUUGAUGUCGCUAAGUUUAUAUAUAGCGGACGCACAGAUAAAAAAGAAGCAAAAGACUUGGGAGUAAGUCGCGUGUCAUUACAAGAAUUAUUAAAGGCAAGCGACUUCGUCAUACUGUGCUGUCCUCUCACAAAUGAGACGAAACACAUAAUGAAUGCUGAUAAUCUUAGCAUUAUGAAGAAAACGUCCGUUCUUGUUAACAUAGGACGAGGAGGUCUUGUAGAUCAAGCUGCUUUGUAUAACGCGCUGAAGAGUGGGGAGAUAUUUGCAGCCGGAUUAGACGUCACAACACCAGAACCGUUAGACAAGGAUGACCCUAUAGUUUCUCUCCCUAAUUGUUACAUAAUUCCACACUUGGGCAGCGCUACCGUAGAAACCAGAAAUGCCAUGGCUAAAAUAUCAGCUGAAAAUAUACUUUUGGCUCUUAAAGAAAAACCAAUGAAGUGUCCUAUAUCAUUAUAAAUGAACACAAACAACAUACGUUACUACAAAUCGUUUUAAAUGUUAAAAUUGUAUUUAAUUAAAUUGAUAUUUAAAAAAACUAUAUAUUUG